CACAGGCAGUACAGUCCUUUUGUGAGAAGGUCUGCCAGAGCACACAGACACACUUCACAUCAGCACAGAGGGGCACAAAGAAGGAAACAGCAUGUAAAAGCCCCAUUAUGCCGAAGCUAAAGAGAAGUUGAUUUUUGGGGGGUUCUAAAAGUCUUUGUCUUUCCUGUAGAGAGCGUUCGUUUACUGCCUUGAUUCGAUAUUGUUGUGGAAGGCAGACGUGGAGAAGAACGCUCGCUCGCGGCAGCUGGAAGAGUUUGAGCGGAUCAUUUUAUCAUCUGUCUUUCGUUUUUCGUUUUUAAGUUGUAUUUUUAUCUUGGACGCAAGCCGCUUCUGAAUGAUUUACGGAGACUCCCGACGCGUGAAAUUUUCUUGAACGCGACGCGUACGAUUCUUGGAUCAUUUUAUCCAGGCACUCGCCAGACCUUCAAUUAUGUUUCUUAACUCUGAGGACUGAUUAAUGGUUUGAAGGGGAGGAGGAAGUGCAGUGGGAGACUUUAAAUCAGAAGCUGAUAUCCUUCUUGAAUGAUGCCCAUAGACAGACUCGCAGACAUGGAGGAGAAACUUCGCAUUUUGGAGGACUUAAAUAUGAUAUACAUUCGUCAAAUUGCCCUGAGUUUAAAGGACAGUGACAUCCAGAAGAAGAUUGACUAUGAGAUCCGUAUGCGAGAGGGGGCGUGUAAGCUGCUGGCCGCGUGUUCUCAGAGGGAUCAGGCGCUGGAGGCUUCCAAGAGCCUUCUUACCUGUAACGCCCGCAUCAUGGCUUACAUGUCAGAGCUCCAGCGCAUGAAGGAGGCACAGGUCAUGCAGCGGGUCGCACGCAGGUCUUCAGAUGCAGGCCCGAUGGAUGACCGAACCCCAUGUAAAGGCAAAGUCGCCAUUUCAGAUCUUCGGAUACCUCUAAUGUGGAAAGACACUGAGUAUUUUAAGAAUAAAGGAGAACUGCAUCGAUGUGCCGUCUUCUGUUUGCUACAGUUGGGAGGUGAGAUCUUUGACACAGACAUGGUAAUGGUGGACAGGACCCUGACAGACAUCUGCUUUGACAACACGAUUGUCUUUAAUGAGGCAGCCCCAGGGUUCGAGCUGCGGGUGGAGCUGUACAGCUGUUGUUCUGAGGAGGACUACUCGGCAGGCAGCACACCGCGGAAGCUGGCUAGCAAACUGAGCUCAUCUCUGGGCAGGUCAUCGGGAAAGAAAUUAAGGGCAGCCAUUGACCCCGGAGCCUGCAGUCCCACCAGCAAUGGAGGAGGGGCUACAAUCCUGCUGCCUGUUCCCUCUGUACCGGGGCCUAAAUAUCAUCUUUUGGCUCACACCACCCUUAAUCUCUCUCAUGUCCAAGACAGCUUCCGCACACAUGACCUCACCAUCACAGGAAACGAGGAGUGUUCUUACUGGUUGCCUCUUUAUGGCAGUGUGUGUUGUCGUCUGGCUGCUCAACCUCAUUGUAUGACACAACAGAUGAUGAGUGGCUGUCUAAGAGUCAAGAUGGGAGGCGAGCCACAAGGCUGGACAAAUGUCUACGGUGUUCUAAAAGGGACAAAUCUCUUCUGUUAUCAUCAGAAAGAAGACAUGGAAGCUAACGUGGAGCCCGUAUUAACUAUGUGUAUUAAUAAAGAGACGAGAAUCCGAGCAGAGAAGGACCCUCACAGUAAGACACAGAAUAUCUGUAUCACAAACCAGUAUGGAGGAGAGGAGGUCAUGCACACACUAGGGGCAGACAGCAGAGAAGACACACAGCACUGGAUGGAAGCAUUCUGGCAACAGUUUUAUGAUAUGAGUCAAUGGAGGCAAUGCUGUGAUGACCUGAUGAAGAUUGAGCAGCCGUCACCACGGAAACCUGCCAUAGUGACACCAAAACAGGGCUCUCUGUAUCAUGAGAUGGUUAUUGACACCUCAGACGACAUCGGAACAGUCACUGACAUCCUCACACGUCGUAUCGAUGACUUCAAACUGAGGUCCCAGCUUGGAGCUCCACCUCACUGGGUGUCCUUGUUUGAAGAAGAGACCCCAAGAACCCCCCACAACUAUCAGCACCGCCCUACCGCUCACCUGCCUCCCCACUCGCCCAGCCCCCGUCUGCACAGCCGUCAACCCCGCAGUCCACGCUGCCACCGUUCCCCCGGCCUUCUCUCCUCCAACGCCAGUUUAACCUCAGACGGCGACAGCUCUGCCAGCGUCAGCCCCUGUUUCCGCCCGGCAUGGUCCCCCGUCACACCGUCCACCUCCGGUCGCUUCCGUCCUCGUACCCUUUCCCUGGACGCCAAGCUUUCCACUCUGCACGGUCGAGGCUACGGGGGCUUCCAGUGUACCUGUCAGUCGUCCGCCGCUAGCGUGGUAUCCCCUCGGCCCACCCAGACUGCUCUGUCCUGCUCAAGUUCAACUUCUAGCAACAGCUCCAGUGAAGGAAGCAACAGCCAAGAGUCUGACAUGGGCUUCUCUAGGCAGUCCGGUGCACGGCGGAGCCUCAGGAAUCUGAGAGCCAAACUAGACCCUAGGAACUGGCUGCAGAGUCAGGUGUAACUUGUACGGUCUUAUAUAAGUUAAAGGAAUCUUUUUGUUUUCACCCUGGAAAUAACUGGAAGUCGUGAGGUCGUAGAUGCUUGACAACACCUCACAUGGGAGUGGGGAGAGCAUUUCGCUAAAUAACUUCAUGCUUCGCUUUUUUGCUGCAUUUCAGUGCAGUUAACAAAAUGGGAAUCUGAUUUAUUUAUAUAAUAUACUACUAUACUGUACAGUAUGUACGUGAAAUGUCCGUUACUGUCUAUUUACAAUGAACAGAAUACUAGUGCAGUGGAUCUCCUGGUGUUUUGUGCAUGAGUUUGAAGUCUGUGUGGCUCAGAAAAAGAAUAAUCCACUGAGGUUCUGAAUAUUUAUCAUCGCUAACAUUAAUUGCCUACAAAUAUUUCAUUAUCAGUUUUUAAUGGAAGCAUCGUAAUAGUAUUUGAAUAAACCUUACAAGUGUGAAAUUUAACACUGAUAUAACUUCCAGUUUCUUAUCGAGAGACACUUAUGCACAUCAUUUGCAGACAUGCACGGGAAAACAAAAAUUGAACAGUCAUUGUUCAUAAACCGCACAUCCCCUACCUGUCAGAUUUCAAUCUUGUGUAUAACAACAUUCAUAUCGUAUGACACUCUAUUACUCUUCUGACAGGCUCUUUGCAUGGCUUCAAAUAAUGUAUAUGCAAAGGUGCAAAUGUCUCAAUCUUCUGUAUUCAGGUUUGAAACGUGGGAUAUAAUGUGACUGUGUUUAUUACCUGUGACUGUGAUGACCUCAGGAUUACUGUACAUAGGUGAUUUCUCUCUGCAAAUGUGAACCCUGUUGUGGAGGAAUUCCCUUGAGUCUAAUCUAAGAUUAAAAAUCACAAUACAAGUACAAACCAGGACUCAAUUCAAGCAAUUUUGGAGGUGGGUUGGACUUUUUGAGUUCUGUGUUAUGAUGGUGCUUUGUUUUGAUCUAUCAACUGAGAUGGGUUAUAAAGGCACUACUAUGCAAAUCUGAAACAGCCUAACAUUCAUUAAGCGGUACAUGUAUUAUUUUAUAGUUGCGUUAUUUUGUGUGGCAAGAAAUUGUGGCUUCCAGAUUGGUAAAGUUUUCUCAAGCCCAGCGUGUCAGUGUGAAAUCAUAACACUAGUAUCUUCCAACACUGUUCUGAUAAAGUGUAUCGGUUGAAGUGGUUUUAUUAGCGUAAGAUUAAUGUUAAAAUAUUAUAAACAAGGAAAGUCAAAUAACUGUUGUUGUGAAUUCAUUAUAACCUCAGGGGAGAAGUCGUUCUUGCCAUAACAACAAGGUUUCUGAUACAAGUUAAUAGUAGUUUAACACAGAAAAAACAUAAUACAAUAUAUUAUAUUAUGCCCAAGCCUUGUUAUAUGUUGAUUUUAUAUUUCAGACAGAAAAAUAUAAGAUGCAAGCUAUUUUAUUUACAUGAUUACAUGUAUAUUGCGGUAAAAAUGUCUAGAAGUAUAGAAAUAUGGACCCAGCUAAACUCUUAAAUUCAUAAAGCAGUAAAGGUUUUGUUCUAGAACUAAUAAGCAGUGCUUAGUAGUCAAAGGGCCACUGACCUGUAUUUAAUAACCUGUAAAUUCAUUCAAACACUUUUUGUAAAGUUUUGUCAUUUUUAUUUUGUGCUUCGAUUAAAGUUGUAUUUUACCAUA